AAAUGGUUCCAGAAUGGAUGGAAAGGAGAAGAUACUGAAUAAUUCAGUACCUCCAGCAGAAGCUUUUUAUAAUAAUUCAUCUCUGACAACACACUCGGAAUAUCCAAAGCAAAAAAUGCUUUCUGCUGAAGUUGAUAUUCCACUCUUCGUGCUGAUGAAUUCGAAGGCCGUGCUCUGUUGCCCUCCUGUCUCACGGACGUAUAUGAUAGGGGCGACAUGGGAAAUAAUUCUCAGAGACAAGCCUGCCUGCAUAAAAGCCUACAAGGCAGAUAGCAAUGAGACUAAGGACGUCAACUGUACUGACAGGAGAAUAACCUGGGUCUCCAGACCCGAUCAGAAUCUUAGCCUUCGAAUCGAUCCAGUGUCCAUUACACAUGAUGGGGAUUACAGGUGUGAAGUUGCAGCAUUUGAAGGGAAUUUCCAGUGUGGUUAUCGCCUCCAAGUGCUGGUGCCCCCUGAAGUGACCCUGGUUCCAAGUAAAAACAGGACUGCAACAUGCAAGGCAGCGGGGGGCAAGCCAGCUGCUCAAAUCUCCUGGACCCCAGAAGGACACUGCGUCACUAAGCAAGAACUUCUGGACAAUGGCACAGUGACUGUCCGGAGCACUUGCCACUGGUCAGACAGCAACGUGUCUGCUGUGACCUGCUCGGUCUCCCACUUGGCUGGCAACAAGACUCUGUCUGAAGAGGUGGGUCCAGCUUUAGCCAGUCCAGACUGUGAACACAAGGAGGUCUCUGGACAUCAAAUGGUAACCCUGCAGCUUCCUGGGGUUGAUACGGGGGCCACAGAACCUGGAGAGGAAGUAGCUAUCCUCCACGGUGGUGGUGUGGCAGGCCUUGCUGCAGGAACACUAACCCCGUAUGUUGCUGCUGAGCCCUGGAAUGGACAACACUUCUGUAGACCUGAAUGA